UAACAUCUAAGCAAAACACGCCGAUUUUAAAUGUAAAAGUCAAUAAAAGAUCUUAAUCUGAAUUCAAUGUAAUUCGGAACAGAGAUUAUAAAUUUAUGAAUUUAUAAAAAGGCAUAUUUUAUUUUAAGGAACUAAAUACCAUUAUCGAUACAUGUAUUAUUGUGAUGAUCGGAACGUGUUCUGAAAAACCUUGAGACGUUGGCAUUUUUGGCAUUUCGUUGGCUCCCGUUUGGCAGAUGGGAAAAAUGAAUUGAUCGAAAAGAAAAAUCUUUGCCAGGAUUAUCUGAAUGAUGUCAUUUGAGUGAUCUAAAAUCUAAAUAAGAUAUUAAUUCUGUUUGUCUAUAAAAUAAUUUAGUUAGAAAAAUGGCUUCGCGCGGUGGUAUUAUGGUGACUGGUACGAAUGGAGCCGAUUUCGAACACAGAGAGAAAAUAGCAGCACAAUAUCAGAUUAGUGCUUUAAACAAGUCCCGUCUGAAGUACUGUGUGUUCUUCCACCACAUAAUGUUCCUGGUGAUGCUGGCGAAGCUCUCGGCAGACAUCCUCGACAAACUCGACAUAUUUAUUCUAGAAAUAGAAGAGUUGCAGAUACCACAGCCCCUGUGGUGGGAGUACAUCUGGUGCCUCUCCCUCCUCCUAUCCUUCUUGGGUCUAUCCGCAAUCAAACGCAACAACAUAAAAUAUCUCCGACGGUAUAUGUAUGGUAUCACUGCACUGGGCUUCGGACCGCUAUUGUACUGUGUGCUGUACUACUGCGGAGAUGUAUGGAGGUACCUGACCAUGGAUGAGGAUGAGGAUGACAGCAGUGAAGUGGAUAUUGAGCUGUGGCAGGGCUACCCCUACGGCCUUCUGUGGUACGCGUUCGUGCUCCUCGCCUCACAAAUACACUUUUUCCAACUCUACUUCUCAUACAAUCUGCUAAAAGCUUGGCGUGCAAGAGGCGCGCUAAGGAAAUCCGACUAAUACACUAGUACAUACGGUUCAUUUUCCCUUGUUCAUACACCACACUGCCAGAGUGAAUGAAAUAGUCAAUGGAUGGACAUUUACGAGAUUUAAGAACAGAAUAAAAAAAUAUUGUGAAAAGAAGGAGGUGAUAUACCAACUGGCAAAUUAUCAUUUAGUUGUAGCCAAUCAUGAACAUUUAAAACUUCUUAUAGGGUACACGGAGGUUGUGUUUAUAAACCCACUAUUUAUACUGUAAAUUUGCAAACAAUUUGUAUCGACUUUGUCAGCAUUCAUAAUGUACUUUUUAGUCAAUAUUUUUAUAAUUAUGCACACAAUAAUGUACUCUAAAUGCUGUUAAAUGCCCCAAUAAUAAGAUCAUUUUUGUGUAAUUUGAAAAGACAAUAGCCUAUUGUUUCUCAGAACAAAUAGUUUUAAAAGCAUUGUAUUGGUUGAGAAAUGAACCCAUUAAUAAUUCUAACUGACAAAUACCGAAUAACCAAUGGAGUAAAUACGGCAAUUUUGAAACAUUCUAGUUUGUUGUAUAAUGAAUAGUAAAAUAUAAUACACUCAAUGUAUAAAGUAGAUAAGCAGAAAAUGUAAGUUAACAUCUAUUUUAGAUACGCUGUUUAAUAGUAUAACUAUAGUUUCGAAGCGCAAAUGACAUUUAAAAUAACGGAUGACUGGGUUAGAUGCCAUUUUGUUUGUGCAAUAUACAUAAGUGCAAUAAUAACGCCAUCUAGUUAAGGUGCGAGUAAAUACUCAAUAAACAAUAAAAUGGACUAACUCAGUCAGAAUAUAAUCUUUUUCAAUCUAUAUUAAACUAAAUAGUAAAUAUGUACUUAUCAAUGUAUAGUAUUCUAAUUUGUUAUUACAUUUCAUACAAGUUAUCGUUUUAGUACUCGCCAGUUGGCGCCACUGGCGCUUAAAGUCGUUGGGGUGCUUUUAAGCACGAUAACUAUAAUUUGAUAUAUUUUGGGAGGUUUUAAAAUCGCGAGUUUUGUUAUAAAUGUCGUGUAAAAAAAGCAAUUUAUGAUGGUGUGGAAAUUUGACUGAAUAGUUGAAUUUUUAAGUUAUAAAUAUAUUAUUUAUAAUUAUAUUGUAAAGGUAAAAGAAAUCUUUAUUUAUUUAUCAUAUUUGAAGCAGCAGUAAUUGUAACGGAAUAAUGUGCCACGGUAAAUUAAAAGUUUAAACGAAUGUUCAAAUUAGUGGUUACAAUAUUUUGUCCUAGGCUUUGCGUUUGAACUGUCUAAAUGCCUGAGAAUUCUAGACGAAUUAUGUAAAUUAACUUGACCUUUGUGUCCUUUAAACGCAAACCUAGAUACGAGGGCCUAUAAAACAUGUAGGUGUAAGAAUGUAAAUAAAGCGAUAUUAUUACGUUUCAGUUCAAUUUAUAAUAGACUAAGUGUUUGUUUGUUCUAAAGUUUUCCCAUGGUAUAUUUGUUUUUUAAUAAUAAAAUAUUUUGUCAAAAAUAUUGUGUGUUC